CAGUGUUGCGUAAUGCACUAGCUAGUCCUAACUGAAGGUGGGGGGAACGAAAAAGAGGAACACAAUUAGCGGCUAGCGUGUUGCUGUUUCCUGUCUCGCAUCAGAAGACAAGCUGAGGAGGACAGCAGAAGCAUGAAGAUGUUCCUCCCCAUCAUCAUCACCAUCACCAUCACCAUCAAUGGUGUGGUCCUGGCUCUGCCGCCAACCGCCCCGCCUCUGAUCUCGGAGCAACCCUUCGUGGCUGUGUGGAACGCCCCGACGGAGCAGUGCCAGCAGCUGCGCAUCCCGCUGGACAUGGCGGCCUUCCAGGCGGUCACCACGCCCGCCUCCGUUCGCGGUCAGUUCCUGACCAUCUUCUACGAGGGCCGCCUGGGCCUCUACCCCAAGAUCGAUGGGAGCAGGCAUAAGCGCCAAGCGGGAGGCGUACCCCAGAACGGCAACCUGACGGCCCACCUGCUCCGAGCUCGCGGUCAGAUCGAUCACUUCAUCGCCGAGGAUGAUUCUCCCGGCCUCGCCGUCAUUGACUGGGAGUCCUGGCGCCCCCUGUGGGACCAGAACUGGGGGUCCAAGCGCAUUUAUCAGAAGCUGUCCAUAGCCAAGGCCCUCCAAAUGUCUCCCUUUCUGCCCUUGAAGAAAGUCUCCCAGCUGGCUGUGGAGCAGUUCCAGCAGGCCGGACGGCGCUUCAUGGAGCGGACCAUCAGCCUGGGGGUGGGCGAGCGACCGAGCCGCCGCUGGGGCUUCUACUUAUUCCCCAACUGCUACAACUACGACUGGGACAGGCCCGACUACACGGGCAGGUGUUCCGCCAAGUCCCGGAAGCAGAACGACCAGCUGAUGUGGCUCUGGGAGCGCAGCACCGCCCUCUUCCCGUCCAUCUACCUCCACCCGGCCCUGAGGAACUCCCCCCGGGCUGCGCUCUACGCCCGCUACCGAGUGCGGGAGGCGCUGAGGGUGGCGGCGCUGCCUAAACGGCCGUACACGGUGCCCACCUACGUCUACUCCAGGCCGCUGUAUCGAGGCCAGACCGCCACGUUUGAGAGCCCGAUGGACCUGGUGAGCACGUUGGGGGAGUCGGCCGCCCUGGGGGCGGCCGGGGUGGUCGUGUGGGGCGGAAGCAGAGACUACAACAAUGAGGGGUCCUGCCAGUCACUGUCCGACUACCUGACAUCCACGCUCAGCCCGUACGUUGCCAACGUGACGGCGGCCGCCCUGCUGUGCAGCCAGGCCUUGUGCCAGGGGCGGGGCCGCUGCGUCCGGCGGAGCUUCAACUCGUCCCACUACCUACACCUGGACCCCGCCCACUUCAGCAUCCUGCGUUCCGGGGGCAAGUACGUGGCGGUGGGCCUCCCCUCCGCCGACGACCUCCACGGUUGGGCCCGGGACUUUGCGUGUCAGUGCUACGCCGGGCGCCCCUGCUCGCCGCGUCUCACGCCUCCCCGCGGCAUCCGGGUCAUCAGGGUGUGAGGAGAAAAGAUGCUAACAAUAAAGCUUUACAUUUGCAAUUGUGUCGUAAUUUCUUGGAAAAUCAGGUUGGGGAAUAAAGUCACAAUUACGAGAAAAACAUUUACAAGAAGUUGGAAAAUUAAGACA